AGACAAUCUCAUUGUUCGCAUUGCCUUGGAUUCUCACUUAAAUUCUUCUUGUUUUUACUCUGACAAGUCGCAGCUUACGGGGUAUACUGGUCUCCUGUGGACUACUCCCAAGCUCUCCCGCGCGACCCCCGGAUGACGUUAGACGAGGAGUGGAUCUGAGCUCUCGUCUAAUCUCGGCCGUAUUUUGAUCUCCGAACUAACAGGGGUAAGGAGAACAGAAGAAGUAAAAAGAGAUGAAUUUGAGUACAGUUCAAGGCCCAGAAAAGCUGAAGCAGGUCAAGGAGCUCCUGAGCUCACUGGAGGAGGACCUGAAGUCUAAAUCACUGACUACCGCUCAGCGGGUGCAAACGCUGUUGCAAUUGAGACAGCAUGGCACUGUGCCAACUAAUGCCGACCCCAUUUACUCGGAGCAUGGAAUCGACAUCCUCUCCAAGUAUGGUGUGGAAGGUGAGACCGUAGAUGUCCGUCGGGCAGCUCUGCGAUGCGUCGCAAAUGCCCUGCUUUUAGUUCCCCAGACGCGUGGUUACUUGAUGGCCACUCGCCGGGGUGGACGUUUGGCAGAGAUGCUCAAGUGUGAUUCGUCUGAUGACGAGAUGGUGAUCAGCCGCAUCUUGUUUCUGUUGACGUACGGCACGAACCAGAGUGAAUACGAACACAUACUCAAUCAGCAUGGGUUGGGUGAUAGUGUCUACUAUCAAAUCGUCCGGCAUUCCAAGCAGUUCCCCAAGUCCGGGAAGCCGGCCCUGUCUCAGAUGGAUGAGCUGGCCCUCAUCGACACCCUGAAAUUGAUCUUUAAUACUUGCAAAAUCUCGGACUUCAAAAAUGGCGAAACGGUCACGGGUUUUGAGAAGGCAUUCUCCGCCUCUAUCCCCUACAUUUUCAAGAUGAUCAGUCGGAUGGAGAUCCCCGAACAGCCGUUGGACGGUCUGCUCAGCUACCUCAUCAACUGCUUGACCGUCCUCGACCUCAAGAACGAGUCGGGCCACUCCUUCGACAGCAGCCCGCUGUUUCCCCCCUUCGAUCCGAACUGCAAUGUCGACCGACUCGUCCUCAUCCUGGACCGCGCCACGGCCACGUACAAAGCCGAGGACCUCGAAACGAAGGCCGCUCCCCUCCUACACGCACUGAUCAUGAUGGCCGAGAUGGCUCCGGAAGGCCCGCGGAAGCAGAUGCAAGCGCUUCUCCUGCCGGAGGGCAACGACCGGAGUGAGCCCAUCGGCCAGUCCGACACGCUGCCGUCCCGGCUGUUGAAGCUGUCGACGUCGCCGAACAAGAACCUCAAAAUCACCAUCUCCGAGCUUCUGCUUCUCCUGUCGGACAACAAUGCCGAAACGCUCACCCAGAAUAUCGGCUACGGGUACGCGGCGGGGCUGCUGGCCUCGCGCGGCAUGGAGAUCCCCCAGACGGCUGGCGAGGCAUUCGCCACGAACGGGCCCGCGGUCAACCCGGUCACCGGGCAACGAUGGGAUGCCGAGCCGCAGGACACCGGGCCCCCGAUGACGCAGGAGGAGAAGGAGCGGGAGGCAGAGAGGCUCUUUGUCUUGUUUGAACGGGCCAGAGCGAAUGGAUUGCUCAACGUGGAGAACCCUGUCCGAGUGGCUGCUCAAGAGGGGAGACUGGAAGAGCUGCCGGAUUCUGACAGUGACUGAUGUAUACUUGUGUUUCAGUAUGAUGCUGUAAAUGUGGUUGGUCUCUUUCACAAUGUUGCCCAUAUCAAUUGGACUUUCCAGUGUUAUUGCUUAACUCAGUACCUAGAUAGGUACUGUUCAAUCUAAUAUCACACCUAC